UGGGUUUAACUCCAUCAACUCCAGUACCCCUAAUUUAUGCUCUGGCCAACGAGCUGCCGCCAUGUGAACGGGCCAAAUGGCUUACGGCCAAAGAAAUUAUGAGCAAUCUCAUCUAUGACGUAACAUUCAAAGCAUUUUUAUACGACUGCCCUAGAGCAAACUCCAGCUAUAGCCUUGUCUUAAACGAAUUCAAACAUGUCUUUGAGGGCCUCAAUGUGGUCUGUAGCACGAUUCUGCACAAUAAUUUAAAUAUAGUAAUGAAAACCCUUCCAGACAAAAAAGACAACAUUUCAAGCGAAAGGAUUAGGUCCAUUUACAACUCCUUAGUACAUGAUUAUAAACGUGAUAAUUUUAAAAUUUUUUUUACAGACGCAUCAGUGGGCGAUUCCUCCACUGGCAUAGCCAUUUAUAAUCACUCGAACAAUACAGAGCAUGCACACAAACUGCCCUUCCAAGCUUCUUCCUCGUUUGGAGAAUCGCUGGCGAUUCUAAGAGCACUGGAAAUAGCGAAGGAGUUGAAAUAUGACAAAAUUGUUAUCUUCGCAGACAGCCUCAUUGCCUGCCAAUUGCUGAUGAAGGGAAAAACCCAUAACCACAUUAUUUUAGCGAUACACAACCUGGCGACCAAUGAAGACUUUGAUAAUGUCACUAUAAAUUGGACCCCAAGCCACAAAGGCAUAGCAGGCAAUGAAAGAGCUGACACAAUCGCCAAGAACGCCAUUAACUGUCACAAUGUUCUCGAUGUUAGCCUUACUCCUGAAGAAGCACUCAGGCGUAUCCGUAACGAAAUCAACGAUCAAUGUGCCAAACCUAAAAAUAACUGGUUCAAGUCCACUGCUUUGUCAGCCAAAGAAACUAAAUUAAUAAACAGGAUCCUCACCGGUCAUACUUAUGAUCAGGAGUAUCUUUUCAAAAUCAAAGCUAUAUCCAGCAGCCGUUGCAGCUGUGGAGAUCCAGAUAACUUCAUUCACCAAACCUUUCAUUGUCCCCUCUUGGGCCACAUUAGGGAGGGCUUCGAUAUUUUUCAAGAUAACCAGAAUUUCCAUGAUAUUUUUCACGGCUUCGAUAGACGCAAAAUCACAGCACUUGCUCAUUUUCUAAUUAAAGCGGAAGUAAAAUUCUAAUAAAUUUGUAUAUUAUUUGCGUUUUUAUCUGUGGUGAAAUACCGUCCACCACACCCUGUACUGAAAAAAAAAAAAAAUAAAAAUAAAUAAAUAAAUAAAAAUAACAAUAAUAUAAAACAAAAUUAAAUAAAUCAAUUAAAAGC